UGUUGUGAGAUCAGAUCAGGUUUGUUUUAUCGCACGAGUUGCUACGCGUAGUCUUGCAAUUGAAGAAUUUUUUGUGCAAAAUCACAUACGCUUUGUGUGUAAAAAUGGCUGACAUAACGUAUUCGAACGUGCACAACGAAAUGUCAUCUAUUCAAAAAAAUCAUUUCAAUAGCAUUUAUCAAACAAGAUUCUUAAAAACUGACGAUGUAGUGUUACCCGUCGACUACAAGAAGUUGGGGCAAUGUAUAGAAGAUAUGGAUGUCAGAGACGAUGACAUUUGGGUCUGCAGUUUCAUGAAAACAGGAACUACAUGGUGCCAGGAGAUGGCGUGGUGUAUUGCAAACGAUUUGGACUUCGAAGGUGCCAAACUAUCUCUGUUCGAAAGAUUUCCUUUUUUAGAAUUGAGUACACUUCGAGACUUUGAAAAAGCUAUACUGGAAAAUCCAGACAUAAAAAUACCAAAGUAUAUGUCUAAUUCGGUAGAGUUUAUAAAUGGAUUGAAAUCUCCAAGGUUCAUCAAAACUCAUCUACCGUACAAACUUCUGCCAAAAAAACUUAGGGAUCAAUCUACCAAGGCUAAAAUUAUAUACACGGCCAGAAACGCAAAAGACACUUGCCUUUCAUAUUUCCACCAUUUAACCUUGCUUGGUGCAUAUAAAGAACAUUUUGAAGAAUUCUGUAAACUGUUUGCCUCCGAUUCCGUUUGUUACAGUCCGUUUUUUGACCAUAUUCUUGGCUACUGGGACCGAAGGGAUGAUUCGCAAAUACUAUUCUUGAAAUAUGAAGAUAUGAAGCAGGACCUAGGUUCGGUAAUUCGAAGAACUGCUCAAUUUUUAGGCAAAGAUAUGCUUGACGAUCAGAUAUUGGUUUUGGAAAACCACUUAAGUUUUGAAAGCAUGAAGAAGAAUAGAGCUGUCAAUCAUCAAUCAUUUAAUGAGUUAUUCUGCAGAAUAUUGAAUUUAUCAAUCGGCGAAGGGAGUUCUAUAAGAAGUGGUACUGUUGGAGAGGGUAAAACAAAAAUGACACCAGAGUUUGUGAAAAUUUUUGACGAAUGGGAAGAAAAGUGUUUAGGAAAAAGCGGAUUAAAGUUUUUAUGACAUUAAUUUUGUAGUAAUUUCUAGUUUGAAUACGCAUUAUACGUAUACCUACUUUUUAAC